AUGGAAUACAUACAAAAAUGCUUUUAUUCCUCAACAAAUUGGAACCAGUAUAACUCAUACAGCACGUUCCUGGAAACUUCCAAACAGAUUCUUGAUUUCCCUGUGCCGUCAGGGUUCAAUCUCAAUGUGUCUGCCAAAAACGCUGAAUAUAGCUAUAGUUCUGUUUCCCUGUCGCAGUUUGGAGAACUAGCAGGCUCAUUUUCCUAUCUGUACAGCUCGAUCGAUCUUGCUCCAUCGUAUUCCGACUCGAAAUCUGCUUCGUUGCAGUCCAUCAUCGAAGGAUACCGUCUCUUGUCGCCGCCAAAGAACCCAACUUACGAUAAAAGACCUGCCUUGUUGUACGGUAAAAUGUACCUGCCGUCGCAGUUCCUCGAGGGAAUGCUGGUCAAACGACUUUCGGAAAACUCCCAGCUGCUUGUCAAGUUCAUCAACACCCCAAAACUCAACAAACUCUCAAACACCACAACAAUAAUGAAUCUCAGCUACCAACGACAGUCUGCUAAGUCGGCCCAGGAAUUCGUGUUUUCCACCAACGAGGCCCUUUUCGGCCUCAGAUACAUCUACAAUCUGGGCGCUCCCACCAGCUCGAUGGACUCGUCGCUAUUUUCUGUCGGAUGUGAGCUCUGGUGCGCUACCCAGUCUCUGGCCCCAGGAAUGUCUACCGGAAUCCGCUAUUCUACACACCUCACCUCUUCCGGAAAACCAUUGACAAUGACUUUGGUGAUGAAUCCGCUGUUGGGCUCCAUUGAGUCCACAUACGCCAUCAAGACAAACAUUCUCUCGACGUUCGUUUCCAAGUACAGCUUCAACAUCUACUCUUACGAAAGCGACCUGUCAUUGGGAUGCCAUCUCUGGCGACUCAACGCGUCCUCGAAACCUGCGCCCGACUACAAUUUCAACAAACUGGAAGAAAUAGAGCAAAAAAGACUGGUUGAAAACUUCAAACAUAUCAAACCAUCCAAAUUGAUGCUCGACAACAAUUCCACCACACAAUUUGUCAAUCGCCACGAAACGUCCGAUUUCAAAAGCAGUCUCAAAUGCUCCACAAGCUUAAGCAAAAAACAGGUCAGUCUUCUCUGGGAAGGAAAGUUUAAAGACUGGUUAUUAUCAACAGGAGUUAAGAUGGACUAUAAAGACCAAGGACUACGAAACGUGGGCUACGGGUUAGACCUUCAGUAUUCUUCUUAA